AUGACCAAGAAGCACCUGAAGCGCCUUUAUGCCCCCAAGGACUGGAUGCUGAGCAAGCUCACGGGCGUGUUCGCUCCACGUCCCCGUGCUGGACCCCACAAGCUGCGUGAGUGCAUGACUCUUAUGAUCAUCAUCCGCAAUCGUCUGAAGUAUGCGCUGAACGCCGCCGAGGCUCAGAUGAUUCUUCGCCAGGGCCUUGUGUGCGUGGACGGUAAGCCCCGCAAGGACACCAAGUAUCCGGUUGGCUUCAUGGACGUUGUGGAGAUCCCACGGACCGGGGAUCGUUUCCGCAUUCUGUACGACGUGAAGGGCCGCUUUGCCCUCGUGAAGGUUGGCGAGGCUGAGGGGAACAUCAAGCUCCUGAAGGUGGAGAACGUCUACACGAGCACUGGCCGCAUUCCUGUUGCCAUGACACACGACGGUCACCGCAUUCGUUACCCCGACCCCCGCACCCACCGUGGCGACACCCUGGUAUACAACCUGAAGGAGAAGAAGGUGGUGGACCUCAUCAAGUCCAGCAACGGCAAGGUGGUGAUGGUCACCGGCGGCGCGAACCGCGGCCGUAUUGGCGAGAUCAUGUCGAUUGAGCGCCACCCUGGUGCGUUCGACAUUGCACGUCUGAAGGAUGCGGCGGGACACGAGUUUGCUACUCGAGCGUCCAACAUUUUUGUGAUUGGCAAGGACAUGCAGAGCGUUCCUGUGACGCUGCCGAAGCAACAGGGUCUCCGCAUCAACGUGAUUCAGGAGCGUGAGGAGAAGCUUAUCGCUGCUGAGGCACGCAAGAACAUGCAGACUCGCGGCGUACGCAAGGCACGAAAAUAG